GAACUGCGCUCUCUGCGAUGCCCCGGGCCGGCGUUCCCGCAGCGACGCCGAUCCCCUCGACCGGGGCAGCCCGGGCGUUGCAGGUGUCGGACUCCCUGAGGCGCUUUGUGUUAUUCUUGGAAAAUUUCGCACCACUUGUGAAUUCCUUGAGCCUGGGCAUUGCAAACCCACUUCUGUUGGGCCCAUCUCCUUUGCACUUUGCUCAGAUUAAGACUCAGUUGGCGCUUCAGCAGCUGAAUGCCGUUGCCUCACAUGGUUCAACACCACCUUAUACUUUAUUAAAUCAGGCAUUCUUGAAAGUAGCCAUGUCGAGACCCAGGUUUAAUCCUCGAGGGACCUUUCCACUUCAAAGGCCAAGAGCACCUAAUCCUCCUGGGAUGAGGCCUCCAGGACCAUUUAUGAGGCCUGGAUCUAUGGGUCUUCCAAGAUUUUACCCAGCAGGGAGAGCCCGUGGAAUUCCACACAGAUUUCCUGGCCAUGAAUCUUAUCAGAACAUGGGACCACAGAGAAUGAAUGUUCAGGUAACUCAACACCGAACUGAUCCAAGAUUAACCAAAGAAAAAAUGGAUUUUCAUGAAGCACAACAAAAGAAGGGGAAACCUCAUGGUAGUCGGUGGGAUGAUGAGCCUCAUAUAACUCCACCAGUGGGAGUGAAACAGAGUUCUGUAACCCAGGUUACAGAGCAGAGUCCUAAAGUACAGAACCGCUAUACAAAGGAGAGUGCCUCAAGUAUCUUAGCAAGUUUUGGAUUAUCAAAUGAAGACCUAGAAGAACUUAGUCGCUAUCCUGAUGAUCAGCUAACUCCUGAAAAUAUGCCAUUAAUAUUGAGGGAUAUAAGAAUGCGAAAAGUGGGGCGCCGAUUACCUAACUUACCUUCUCACAGCAGAAAUAAGGAAACACUUGGUAAAGAAGCGGUUUCAAGUAAUGUGAUUGAUUAUGGGCACGCAAGCAAAUAUGGCUAUACAGAAGAUCCACUUGAAGUACGUAUUUAUGAUCCUGAAAUUCCAACUGAUGAAGUCAAGAAUGAAUUUCGGACGCAGCAGAACAUUUCUGCAACUGUUCCCUCUUCAAAUGUGAUAUCUAAUUCUGUGUUUCAUGUUGAAGAUGUGUUUCAUCAGAUGGACUUUCCUGGUGAGUCCUCCAGUCAGUCAUUUUUCCCAGUUGAGAGUGGAAACAAGAUGUCAGGCUUACACAUUUCAGGACAGUCAGUCCUUGAACCUGUAAAAUCUGUCAGCCAGUCUAUUAGCCAAACAGUUAGCCAGACAAUGAGCCAAUCUCUUAUUCCUCCAUCUGUGAACCAGCCAUCCUUUUCAUCUGAAUUAAUUUCAGCUUUAAGCCAGCAAGAGCGGAUCCCACAGAAGACUGUGAUCAGUUCAGCUGAUCCACAUGUUGGAUCUAGAGGAAGUAAAAAGAGUUACCAAUCAGAGGCUGACCUGCCCAUUCGGUCUCCCUUUGGGAUUGUGAAAGCUUCGUGGCUACCAAAGUUUACACAAGCUGGUGCCCAGAAAAUGAAGAGACUGCCAACCCCUUCUAUGAUGAAUGAUUAUUAUGCAGCGUCUCCGAGAAUAUUUCCACAUUUGUGUUCUCUGUGUAACGUAGAAUGUAGUCAUUUGAAGGACUGGAUUCAGCAUCAAAACACUUCCACCCAUAUUGAGAGCUGUCGGCAAUUACGUCAACAAUACCCUGAUUGGAACCCUGAGAUCCUCCCAUCCAGAAGAAAUGAGAGCAAUAGGAAAGAAAAUGAAACUCCAAGAAGACGUUCUCAUUCUCAUUCCCCCAGUCCCAGGCAUUCUAGGAGAUCAAGCUCAAGUCACAGAUACCGUCGAUCCCGAAGUCCAGCUCGUUAUAGCUAUAGACCAAGGAGUCGAAGUCCAAGAAUUUGCCAUCGUUUCAUUUCUAAAUACAGAUCCAGAUCCAGAUCCCGUUCUCCAUAUCGAAGUCGAAAUCUUAUUAGAAGAAGCCCAAAGUCCUACCGGUCAGCUAGCCCUGAAAGAACCUCAAGAAGAUCAGUGAGAUCAGAUAGAAAAAAGGCAGUAGAAGAUGGAGGACAACGUUCUGUACAUGGGACAGAAGUUAAUAAACAGAAAAACAUUGAAGCAGUUGAUAAAGGACUCUUAACAGCCCAAAAGCCUAAACUUGCCAGUGGAACAAAGCCAUCCGUGAAAUGUGUAAGCUCUUUAAAGAGUGACUCACAUUUAGGAGAACAUGCUGCUCACAAGUUUAAGAAUCCUGAAGAUGACACCUUACCAGAAGGUAAACAGGUGUCUGGUAAAGGUGCUUUUGUCCAACGGAAGAUUCGGCUUCGGAAAGAUCAGUCUUUGAGUUCCAAUUCAAUUCUUCUUGUAUCUGAACUGCCAGAGGAUGGCUUUACUGAAGAAGAUAUUAGAAAAACAUUUCAGCCAUUUGGGAACAUUAGCGAUGUCCUCCUUGUUCCUUGUAGAAAUGAGGCUUACUUGGAGAUGGAGUUUAGAAAAUCAGUUACUGCAAUCAUGAAGUACAGUGAAACAACACCUCUUGAAAUAAAAGGAAAAAGUGUAAGAAUAUGCGUUCCAGGAAAGAAAAAAGUACAGAACAAAGAGAUGAAGAAGAAACCUUCAGAUUCCAAGAAGUUGUCUGCAUCUGCUUUAAGAAAAGAAACUGAUGCUUCAAAAAACAUUAAAACUGUUACUUCAGCCUCUUUUGCCAAAACUGGACGAUUAAAGCCAUCUACAUUCAAAGUGAACAAAGUUAUAGGGAAAUCAGCGGGUUCUGUAAAAUCUGUGGUUACGGUAGCUGCAAAAGGUAAAGCUUUUAUCAAAACAGCAAAAUCUGGAAAGAAGUCUCUAGAAGCUAAAAAGUCUGGGAUUAUCAAAACCAAAGACUCCAAUAAACUCGUGAUUGUACCAGGUACUUUGGAGACCACAGAAAAUGAACCAGUAAGCAAGGAAGUGGAGGAAAUGAGUGUGGUUUUUAUUUCUAAUUUGCCUAAUAAAGGAUAUUCUACAGAAAAAAUUCACGACUUAGCAAAACCAUUUGGCAGUUUGAAGGAUAUUGUAAUUUUGCCAUCUCAUAAAAAGGCAUUUAUAGAAAUAAGCAAAAAAUCUGCAGAUUCUAUGGUAAAAUUUUACACCUCCUUCCCAAUAUCCAUGGAUGGAAAUCAGCUCUCCAUAAGUAUGGCUCCUGAGGAUGUGGACAUAAAAAAUGAGGAAGCUCUCUUUAUAACCUUGAUUCAAGAAAGUAACCCAGAGGCAAAUACUGAUGAAAUUUAUGACCGGUUUGUACAUUUUGGCAAUGUACCUGAGGAUGGACUUCAGUGUGUGCUUUGUGUUGGGCAUCAGUUUGGAAAAGUGGAUCGCUAUGUGUUCAUAAGUAACAAAAACAAGGUGAUUCUUCAAUUAGAAAGUCCUGAAUCUGCUCUAUCAAUGUACAGUUUUCUGAAACAGUAUCCUCAAAGCAUAGGUGACUAUGUGUUGACUUGUACUUUAUCUCCAAAGAUGGACUCAGAGGAUCAAUGGGAGAAUGACCCAGAACUAGGAAAAGAAAGUACUUUUAGCCCUGACUUGAAAAACAGUCCUGUUGAUGAAAGUGAGGUACAAACAGCAGCGGAUAGUCCCUCUGUUAAACCUAGUGAGGCCAAAGAAGAAACUACUUGCAAUAAUGAAACAGAAACUUCAGUGCAGCAGGAAGAACUUGGUAAGGAAGAACCCAAACAAGCAUUGUAUGAGUCUGACUUUGCAAUUGAAACACUGGAACUGGAAGCUCAAGGAGCAGAGGUCAGCAUAGAAAUUCCUCUUGUAGCAUCCACUCCAGCCAAUAUUGAGUUAUUCAGCGAAAAUAUAGAGGAAUCUGCUUUAAAUCAGCAGAUGUACACCAGUGACAUUGUGAAGGAAGAGGCAGAAGUUACAAACUCUGAAACAGAAUUAUCAGUAUCUGACAGUGUCUUCAUAGAAGAAGGGAACAUCAAGGGAAUUCCAGAAGAUUCUCUGUCUGAAGCAGAAGAUGUAUUUUCUGGAACUGCACGGCCCAUGGUAGAAGCCAUAGCUGAAGUGGACAAACACAAAACUGUUUCUGAAGUACUGCCAUCUGCUUGUGUUGUGACCCAAGUGCCAGGAAGUUACAUUAAGGGUGAGAAGGUUGUGAGCAAAAAGGAUACUUCUGAAAAAGGUAGCAUGGAUGACAAGGAGGAAAAUGAAUUUCAUAGUAAGGAAACUGGAAUGGAUUUACAAGUAAAAGCAGAAAAGGCUGAGAAGAAUGAAGCUGACACGUUUGUAGAAAAAUUGGAGAAGAUUAUAGCAGCAAUAAGAGAAAAGCCAGUAGAAAGUGCUAUAAUCAAGGCAGACCCAAAUAAAGGAGUGGGUGAGAGCAGUAAGCCUGAUGAAACUGGAAAAACUAGCGUGCUGACUUUAUCGAAUGUAUGUAGUAAUAAAACAAGCAUCAAGGCUGCUAUGGUGUCUUCCCCUAAAGCAAAAAGUGCAACUUCCAAAACUGAAAGUCAGAAAAAUUUUCCAAAACCCCUGCUUAGAGAGCAAAUAAAUGCUGAAAAGAAAGUUUCAGCCAAGGAAUUUGGUCUGCUUAAAAAUACCAGAUCGGACUUAGCUGAAAGCAACAAUAAAGCCAAAUCCAUUCAGAGUGGUAUUAACAGAGGAUGCAGUGGAAGGAUCUCAGCCCUUCAGUGCAAGGAUUCUAAACUGGAUUACAAGGACAUAACAAAACAAUCUCAGGAAACAGAGACUAAACUUGCCGUCAUGAAACGGGAUGACAGCAACAAUAAGGCAUUGGCUUUGCAGACCACUAAGAAUUCUAAAAAUACUACUGGUAGAAGUUCAAAAUCAAAAGAGGAACCGUUAUUUACAUUUAAUUUGGAUGAAUUUGUUACUGUGGAUGAAGUCAUAGAAGACAUAAAUCCUUCUCAAGCCAAGCAGAAUCCAUUAAAAGGAAAGAGAAAAGAAACUAUCAAAAUUCCUCCUUCCGCCGAACUUAACUUAAAGAAGAAAAAGGGGGAAACGUCUGUCCCUCACAGUGUUGAGGGAGAACUGUCCUUUGUAACACUAGAUGAAAUUGGGGAAGAAGAAGAUGCAGCUGCACAAGCACUAGUCACUGUGGAUGAAGUCAUUGAUGAGGAAGAGCUCAAUGUGGAAGAAAUGGUAAAAAAUUCUAACUCCCUUCUUACCUUAGAUGAGCUAAUUGACCAAGAUGAUUGUGUUUCCCAUAGUGAACCUAAAGAUGUUACUGUUCUGUCCAUGGCUGAAGAACAAGAUCUGCAACAGGAACGCUUGGUAACUGUGGAUGAAAUUGGAGAAGUAGAAGAGUCAGCAGACAUACCUUUUGCUACUUUGAAUUUAAAAAGAGAUGAAGGAACUACUACUGUAAGGGAUUCUAUUGGGUUCAUUUCUUCCCAGAUGCCUGAAGACCCUUCUGCUUUAGUUACUGUAGAUGAAAUACAGGAUGACAGAAGUGAUUUCCAUUUAGUGACUUUGGAUGAAGUAACUGAAGAGGAUGAAGAAUCUCUGGCAGAUUUUAAGAAUCUUAAAGAAGAGCUUAAUUUUGUUACUGUGGAUGAAGUUGGAGAUGACGAGGAUGGAGACAACGAUUCAAAAGUUGUGUUAGCACAAGGCAAAACUGACCCCUACACAGAUAAAAAAGGAAAUAGAAAGAGGAGAGCUAUGGACACAAAGAAGACAAAACUUGAAUCUUUCUCCCAAGAAGAUCCAGGAAGUGAGACUAUUACAAAAGAUCUGAAAGCCAUGAUUGAAAGACCUACGGCAGUUGAAGAAGCUGAAUUAAAGGAUUCAGAACCUGAUGAAAAACGCAAGAAGACCGAAGACUCUUCUGUAGGAAAAUCAGUGACACCUGAUGUGCCGGGAGAUUUGGACUUUCUUGUUCCGAAGGCUGGAUUUUUCUGUCCAAUUUGCUCCCUGUUCUAUUCAGAUGAAAAAGCAAUGGCAAACCACUGCAAGAGCAAACGUCAUAAGCAAAAUACUGAGAAAUUCAUGGCCAAGCAAAGAAAGGAAAAGGAGCAGAAUGAGACCGAAGAAAGAAGCUCUAGGUGAUGGGGAAAGGAGGAAAAAAUUCAUUAGAAAUUCAUUUAGGGUCCAGUUGAUUUGUGUAUUUUUGUUAUCAUUCUAUUUGUAAUUUCUGUUUCUGAAACAUAUUCAUGUUGUACAAAUUUUUGAUUGCCCUUAAUGUAGAAAAACUGAUGAGAAAAGUAUGAUGGAUUUGAUUUUUAUAUCAAAUCAUCAGUCAUGGAAAGAUACCUCUUAGAAGUGUUGAAAUAAAUGUUCCUACUGUAUAUUUCAA